AUGUCGUCAUUUGCACCCCUCGACUUGAGUAUAGCUAAUGGGCCGGCCGAUAAGAAGAGGGUCGCUUACUUUUACGAUUCCGAUGUGGGCAACUAUGCCUAUGUCGCAGGCCAUCCCAUGAAGCCUCAUCGGAUCCGGAUGGCCCAUAGCUUGGUUAUGAAUUACGGUCUAUAUAAGAAGAUGGAAAUAUACCGUGCAAAACCCGCAAACAAGUUCGAAAUGACCCAGUUCCACACCGAUGAAUAUAUUGAUUUCCUUGCUAAGGUUACGCCUGACAACAUGGACUCUUACGCCAAAGAGCAAAGCCGAUACAAUGUCGGCGACGACUGUCCGGUAUUUGAUGGCCUCUUCGAGUUUUGCGGGAUUAGUGCUGGAGGAAGUAUGGAAGGCGCUGCGCGCCUGAACCGAAAUAAAUGCGACAUUGCAGUAAACUGGGCCGGCGGCCUUCAUCAUGCGAAAAAAAGCGAAGCUAGCGGCUUUUGUUACGUGAACGAUAUCGUGCUUGGAAUUCUCGAACUUCUCCGUUUCAAACAAAGAGUUCUUUAUGUCGAUAUCGAUGUCCACCAUGGAGAUGGAGUAGAAGAAGCAUUUUACACAACCGACAGAGUCAUGACGGUUUCCUUCCAUAAAUAUGGCGAAUACUUCCCUGGUACUGGCGAGUUACGCGAUAUUGGCGUCGGCGCGGGUAAACAUUAUUCUGUUAAUUUUCCCUUACGAGAUGGUAUCGAAGAUGUUAGCUAUAAGGGAAUUUUUGAGCCCGUUAUUAAACAUGUCAUGGAAUGGUAUCGGCCGGAGGCGGUUGUGCUUCAAUGCGGUGGAGACAGCUUGUCUGGAGACCGUCUGGGUUGCUUUAAUUUAAGUAUGAGGGGACACGCGAAUUGUGUCAAGUAUGUGAGGAGCUUUGGCAUCCCAACUAUGAUUGUUGGCGGUGGUGGUUACACCAUGAGAAACGUAGCUCGAACAUGGUGCUUCGAAACUGGAAUUCUGGUGGGUGAACAGUUGGGGACUGAGUUGCCAUAUAAUGAUUACUAUGAGUACUUUUCUCCUGAUUACGAACUUGACGUUCGCCCGUCGAACAUGGAUAAUGCCAAUUCCAAAGAGUACCUCGACAAGAUCCGAAUGCAGGUUAUUGAAAAUCUAAAGCGGACCGCUUUUGCCCCAUCGGUGCAGAUGACGGACGUCCCACGCGGGCCACUAAUUGAUGGCAUAGAUGAUGAAGCCGACGCCAUUCUGGACGAUCUGGAUGAGGACGAGAAUAAGGAUAGCAGGUUUACCAAACGGCGGUUUGACCAGUACAUCGAGAAGGAGGGCGAGCUAAGUGACAGCGAAGAUGAGGAUGAACAGGCUGCGAACGGCAUCCGGCCGCAACCCGGAAUUAUCAAACGUCGGAACCAGGUCAACUAUCGAAAUCUCGACGGCGGUGAUUCUGGCGUUGACAGUGGCCUGGUUACUCCUCGGGAAGAAUCAUCGUUGCCAGAUGAAGACGCCGGCCUUGAUGAGAAAAUGGAGAUUGCCGAAGAAGCUGAAGCCGAAGCCGAAGCCGAAGCCGAAGCUGAGGCACAAGACAAGGGAACCCCGUCUCCUGAAGAACCUGCGACACGAUCGGAGUCAAGAAUGGAUGCGGAUGAUGUAUCCAUCAGCGAGCGCAAUGAAGUUGCUGCCGCUCCUGGCGCUGCGGAGGAGGAGGAGCCGUCGGAGUCUGUACCUCUAUCAACUCGUGAAUCAAUCGCACGGGAAGCUACUACCGAUAUGGACACAACGAUGGAAGAUGCACCACCCGAAGACCCUACCGCUACUACCGCCACUGCCGUCCCAGAGGUACGAAAUGUACCUGAAGAGGAGCCACGAAGAACAACACCACCAAAAUCACCAGCAGCUGAAGCUCCUCAAGCGGCUCCUGCUGAACUGUUGCAGUCCCCUUCAGCUCCAGAAGGGUCAUCGGGGCCAUCGGAAACAAACGCAGACACGAACACAGAAUCAACCACCGCGAUUACGAAAGGGAAGCCUUUGAAGCAAGAGGAGAAGGAUGAUGAACAACAGCUACAAUCAUAAGUUGCAAGUAUGUUAGUGGGACAGGGACUAUACAUAAUAUAACAUGACUUGCCCUGCGACAAAAUUCCUGUUUGCUCCAUACUCAGUUCAUUGGCUCAGGCUCAGGCGCUCUGGGCGUCAAAUUUGGAAGGCAUUUCUGUUGUG